AUGAGGAAUGGUGGAGUGAUGGGGCAAGAUGCGUUCAUGAGCAUUGAUGAGAAAGAAGGUUUGAGAGACAAAGAUGAAGUAAUGAUCCGUCGUAUGAAGAACCGAGAGAGACAACGUAGGUAUAGAGCGAGGAAGCGGAUGCGGGAAGAAGCUGGUAUCGAUGAAAACCUCUCAUUCGAGACUAUUACAAGACAACAACAAGAAGACGAAGAAGAAGAAGAGGGAGAGGAAGAGGAAGAGGAAAAAGAGUUUAAUAAUGGCUAUGUGGAGAACUUUGUGCGGCGUGUUUAUUGCCAUAGAGAUUGGAAAAAAGAAGCUAGAAGAGCUCAUUUGAUGACCGACAAGACUCAAGGUGGAUAUUGUGAAUCGAAACGGAAGAUUUGGCCCCGUCGAAGGGAUUGGAAAGCUGAAGCUAGAAAGAAGAAAACUUGA